AUGAAGGGAGGACUUGCUGCCGCAGCCCUGGCGGCCCUGGCUGGCGGCGUCAGUGCUGCUUUCCACGGUCACGGCCACGGCCAUCUCUUCGCCAAGAGGAGCAACCAGACGGGCGAGGUCUGCCUGCCGGAAUGCACCACCAUUUGGUCCGUCGUGACCGGAGAGGCCACCCUUGUUCCUGGAACUAAGACGACGACGGCCUUCUCUACCGAAACAACCACUAUCACCGUCCCGGCGAUCAACGGCGCUCCAGUAACACCUGGUGUCCACACCUUCCCGGCCACCACGAUCACCGUCACCGAAGCCACCACCGUGUGCGCUGCCGCGUCAGGCAUGGUGACCGCCGGUACUCGCGUUGUCAGCGGUGUCACUACCAUUGUCGAGGGCGCCACCAACAUAGAGUGCCCUGUCGCAACGGUCUACAACCCAGGAACCUACAUCGCCCCCGAGCAGGUUGUCACCGUGACCAAGACCGGGUACGUCUACUACUGCCCCUUGAGCAAGUCGGGCCUGUCCACUUCUACUCCUGCGCCCGCCCCCCAACCCACGGAGGCUGUCCCGCCGCCGCCUCCCGCUUCGACGUACGAGGCCCCCGCUCCCUCCACGGAGGAGGAGGCCCCUCUCCCGUCCGCCGAGGUUCCCGUUAUUUCGACUGAGAAGGAGAUCCCCGCUGGGCCUGCUGAGGAGAAGGUGCCUGUCACGACUCAGGAGGAGAUCCCCGCUGGGCCUGCUGAGGAGAAGGUGCCUGUCACGACUCAGGAGGAGAUACCCACUGGGCCUGCUGAAAAGAAGGUGCCCGUUACGACCCAUGUAGAGGUCCCCGUUGCCCCGAGCCACAAGCAGACUUCUCCACCUGCCUAUUCUCAGCCCGGCCCGGCCCCCAAGCACGGCGACUCUGGAAAACUGGUGAGCGGUAAUGACCAUUUCGGCAUCACUUACACCCCCUACCAGCCGUCCGAUGGCAAGUGCAAGUCUUCGGAGCAGGUCGACAAGGACAUUUCCGAGCUCAAGAAGGCAGGCUUCACCACAGUCCGCGUCUACUCGACCGACUGCCGCACCCUUGAGAACGUGGGCAAUGCCUGCGACAAGUACAAGGUGCAGAUGAUUGUCGGUGUCUUCGUCAAGGACAAGGGCUGCAGCUAUGAUGCUCCAGCCAUUAAGGAGCAGAUUGACGAGCUCUCCAAGUGGAACAAGUGGGGUCUUGUCAGUCUCGUCGUGGUCGGCAAUGAGGCCAUCAUGAACGGCCACUGCAGCCCCCGCCAGCUGCGCGACCUCAUCACCACGGUCAAGUCUAAGUGCCCCAGCUACAAGGGCAAGUACACCAUCUCGGAGACUCUCAACGUCUGGCAGCGUCCCGAUGUCAAGUCGGAGAUCUGCGGCGUGGUUGAUGUCACGGGCGCCAACAUCCACCCCUACUUCAACUCCAACGUGUCGCCCGGCUCGGCCGGUGAGUUUGUCGCCGGUCAGCUCGACCUCCUGUCCAAGAUCUGCGGCCACAACGAGGUCAUCAACCUGGAGUGCGGCUGGCCCACGCGCGGCAACUGCAACGGCAAGGCUUGCCCCGGCAAGACGCAGCAGGCCGAGGCCAUCAAGUCGAUCCGCGAGAAGACGGGCAGCAAGACCGUCUUCUUCUCCUACGAGGACGACAUGUGGAAGGAGGCCGGCUCGUGCGGCUGUGAGCAGAGCUGGGGCACCGCGGCCUCGUUCAAGACCGGAAUUUCCUACUAG